AUGCGAUUGAUACUGUCUCUCCUCACUGUAGGCGCUUCGGCUCUACAAUCUGGAACUUGCGACUAUAGCAAGAACAACUGGUAUGAUGGCGAGACAUCUUGCAUCAACCCCGAUCAGACGGCUUCAGUCGACUUCACCUGGCCUCCACUAUUCUCCAAAGGGGCCAAGUUUGUCUACGCGGUUGACGGGAUCAAUGGCACCGAUAUUUCCGACAUUGAACCUCUGAUGGACCCCAACAAGGUUAAAGACCGAAAGGCGACAUUGGUGGGAUGGUGGCUCGAAUAUGACUCGAUAUCACUCAACAACACCGACCUCCUCAUGCUCACCGAGAUGAAUGUGUUCUUUACGAACACCACAGACAAGAUCGGAGGGGGACACAAUGGAUGCGAAGGUCUUCUUGGAUCAAAGUGUCUUGAGAAGAUUAACAGUACCCUUCGCGAACUGUGGGAUGACGAUCAGCAAUUUGGAGCACCCUUGCUGAACCUGAACGAUGAAGCAGACUCUAUUCUUGAGGUUUGCCCGAAGGACUUUUUCUCGACCUGGGAGAAGCUGCAACCUCGAAUGGACACACUCAAUCAAAACACGGAUUUUAACACAAUGCUGCUAGCCUCCGAAGCACCACCAAAAGCCAGGCCUUGGGAUCAACACAGUACCGAUGCUGCCUUGCCCUCUGGAAACAGGUCAUUCACCUACUCAAGAACCAUGUACGACAAGAGAGAGCUUGCGUUCCAAGAGCGAAAGGCGGCUGUGGCAAUCUUGAUGCGCUAUCCCGCACGAGACAGUGAAACAAACGAUGCGGUGAGGAAUACAACAACUGACGACAUUAGUGUUGAGUUUGUCUGCACCAAGCUGAAGGAGACGAGCUCCGAUGACAGCAAUGAAGAUGACGACAAGACUAGCAGUCAAAAUUCUGAUGACAAGGAUGCUGCUGGUAGUGUCCACGUGCCGGGGGCUGUUUUGUCGGCCAUGGUUCUCGGCGUGUUGCUAUGGGAGAUGGUUUAA